CUGUGGGGGUCUCCGGGUCUUGGGGGGUCUGGGAGGAUCCCGGGUUCUCUGACGUUCUCCGUCACUGUGGAGCCUCCACCCUGAGCUGCAGCUGCAGACUCGACUGAAAAAGAAACGACCGAAGAGGAACUGCUGGAUCUUCUGUCACUCGUUUUAUGAUGAACCUUUUCUUCUGUGUGUGUGGACUGAUUCUCUCAGGUGUCAGGGUCCGUGCGGAGGACUCGCCGCCCCGCAUCGUCCACCACCCGUCGGAUGUGGUGGUGAAAGCCGGCAGCCCCGCCACGCUGUCCUGCCGGGCCGACGGCAGCCCCAAGCCGGCCAUCAGCUGGCUGCGGGACGGCCGGCCGCUGGACACGUCCAACCCGGACGACCACCUGCAGCCGCUGGCCCUGUCCGAGGGGAGCCUCUUCUUCCUGAGCGUGCAGGCGGGCAAGUCGCACGAGGGCGUCUACGCCUGCAUGGCCAGCAACGCCGAGGGCCAGGCCGUCAGCCGCAACGCCUCGCUGUUCAUCGCAGCUCUGCAGGAGGAGUUCCCCGUGCAGCCCAGCGACGUGGAGGUGGCAGAGGGGGACGUGGCCGUCCUGAACUGCACCCCCCCACUGGGACACCCGGAGCCCAACGUGUUCUGGAAGCGGAACGGCAUUCCCAUCAACACCUCAGAUCACCACUACACGGAGCUGAGCGGGAAGCUGAUCAUCGACCCGGCUGAGAAGCAGCACUCCGGAUCCUACGUCUGUGAGGCCAGCAACAUCGUGGGGGUGAGGCAGAGCCGGGCGGCCCGCCUCUCUGUGCUGGCCAAGCCGGUUCUGCUGCUCCGGCCGGAGGACGUGUCCGUGAGGCCGGGCGAGUCGGCCCAGUUCUACUGCCAGGCCACAGGAGACCCGCCCCCCACCGUGGUGUGGAGCAGAGAGCAGGGACCCCUGCCCAAUGGCAGGUACCUAGUAAACCCAGACCACACUCUGCAGAUCCACUAUGCGACUGCUGAGGAUUCUGGGAGAUACACCUGUACUGUGGUCAAUGAUGUGGGCGUGGUCUCUGUCAGCGCUCAGCUGCUGGUUCAAGAGGCUGAAAACACCGAGCAGAGAGACCUGCACCGGGAGCUGUCGGCCCUCCGAGUCACCCUGGACAACGUGUCCAUCGAGUCGCCCGGGUCCAACGUGUCCCUGGUCCAGUGGAAGCUCCAGGCUCUCCCCACUCAGCCUCACUACCUGGACGGCUUUGAGGUUCUUCACCGCUCUCUGCUGCCCGCCUCCUCCGACUGGAAGCCGCACAACGUGACCCUGCCGGGCCUCCAGGCCCGGGUAGGUCCUCUGAAGAGGGGCUACAAGUACGAGUUCAAGGUGCGUCCCUACGGCCGUGGGCUGUACGGGAGGGAGAGCAACACCCGGCACCUCCGAGUCCCCGAGACCGUCCCCAGUGCGGCUCCGCUGGCCGUGUCCGUCACCGUCAACCACCAGCUGAACAACAGCAUCCACCUGAGCUGGGAGCCGCCUCCUCACGACACACACAACGGCAUCAUUCAGGGAUACCAGGUGUGGUGUGUGGACUCUGAGCAGCAGCUCUUCCAGAACUGGACGGUGGACAGCAGCAGACACGUUCUGGAGAUCUCGUCCCUCGCAGCGGGGCGGCGGUACUGGCUCAGCAUGGCGGCGGUGAACGGAGCCGGCGUGGGCGAGCUGAGCGAGCCGCACGGAUUCGUCAUCAACCCUCAGCUGGGCGGUCUCCCGGACCCAGACACCAGGACGGGGGCCGUGUCCCCGGUCCUGAGCCUGCUGCAGGACCCGGUUCUGAUUGGCUGCGUUGGCGCCCUCUUGUGGUGCGUCCUCAUGGUGGCGGCCAUCUUCUUGUUCAGACGCCACAGCAGGACCGGCCGCCUCCUGCCUCGGCACGGCAGAAGUAAAGGCCUGCGCAGACUCGCCAGUGAAGAUCUGAUUAUCAAACACAGGAUGGCAGCUCCUGACUCGCCCUGGAUUUCUGGAACAUGGAGACCUGCCUUCAACCACAAGUACCAGGACUUGUGGGUUCAGGGUCAGAACCAUCCUGGGCUCAGGAGCACCAGCCUUCCGGUUUCAUCCAAGAAGGACAGCAGCUUCCUGGACUCGGCCGUCCCCGUGGUGACCGACGGCUGUGGUGUUUAUGGGACGUUCUACGUGGAUCUGCUGGGCAGCAAUCUGAAGACCUUCAACAGUCCCGGGCGCUGCCCGAAGAAGCCCCACGGCUUCCCGUCCCAGCAGGGGGGCGAGACCAUCCAGAUCUUCAGUCCGCCCGUCUCCAAGUCGUCUCCGCUCUGCGGCCGCGACGCCCUGCCGUGGAAGCAGGCCAUCCGACCGCAGCCCAGGAUGGGGGUGCUGAGGGAGUCCUGGGAGAAGAACUACAGCAAGCAAGAGCUGCACGCAGUCAACAGCGUCCCCCUGCUGUCCAGGAGCCCCCCAAGUCCUGAGGGUCUGUACACUCAGAGGCUCAGUCACGUCCCAGCAGGACGCUACGACCGCGGGGCUCCCGGAUGUCCCCGCCUGCUGCAUUACUCCGCCUCCCUCCACCUGGUGGACAUGCUGCCUCCUCCACCCCCGCUACCCCCAGAGGACAUGUCCGACGCUCACAGCCUGUCCUCAGACGAAGGCUCCAGUCGCUCCACCAAGCUGACGGUGGACAUGGGCUCCCUUCAGUCGGUGUGUGUUCCGUCAGGCCUCCACCUUCAGACCGGGAACACCCCCAGUUCCCCCCGCUGCGCUUCCUACACCCACCUGCCCUCGGCGUCCUACCCCGGCCCCCCGGACCAGGAGCAGGGCGGCACGCUGACGGCCCAGGAGGCCACCGAGUACCUGGAGCUGAGUCCCAAACCGGAGCGGUGCAGCAUGCUGCCCGAGCCCCGGCCGUCCCUGCUCCAACACUUCACCCCCGCCCUGGGCUACAGGCGUGCAGCGGUGCGCUCCGCUCUGCCGGAGGAGGAGGAGGAGGAAGAGGAGGAGGAGGAGGGUGGAGGUGACCCGGCGCUGGUCGGCCUGCGCCGCGCCCGCCUCCAGAGCACGCCGUCCUCCUGCUACAGCGAGUGGGACAGUUCCCUGUGGAACACCUGGAGCUCCGCCAUGGAGGGGAACCCGGAGAGCAGCGCGCGCACCAGCAUGAUCAGCUCGGUGGACAGCUGCUACACCUGCGACAGCUCCACCUUCAGCCGCCUGGUGGCCGCCGCCGCAGAGAGCCUGAGCGGGGCGUCGCUGUCAGACUUCUCCCCGCCGGCGUCGCCCCUCAGCGGCCUCUACCCGCCCUCCUUCCACCCCGACGGCGACUGGCUGGGCGACCCGGAGCCGGUUCCUGCCUGGGACUGGAGCACGGCCUGGAUGGAGGAGAUGGAGGCUCAGUACAGGGCCCGGUGCCCCCCCGGCAGGAAGCCCUGCUGAGGCCGGGAGGGGCGCUCCGGUCCCGGGAACCCUUUCUUCAUGAUACCUCACAGCGAACUGGGUGUUCGGACCCUCUGCGACCGCGGGGGUCUGCACCGGCGGUCUCCUCAGGGUGGGGGGGUCCGGCUCCUGUUCCACCACUUCCACAGAUCGAUAAAGUUUUGGUGUUUUGGUUGCUCUCAUCAGAGAAGGAGACAGGAGACGCAUUAACCAGGAGACCUCCAGAAGGUCCUACUGUCCUCAGCAGGAGAUAUUUAUAUGUAUGCAGCUUCUUAUUUAAUGGAAACACUUUGACUUUAUAUUCUUUAUGUUCUGAUCGGAUUCCCUGUCUGCUCUGUACUGAUCCGUAGAGCUGCAGAGGUAGAGCAGUGCGAUGGAGCUAACCUGUAUUUCUCUGGAGCCGUAGAGACGACGUAGGAAGACGAGCUCCGUCAAAUGGAAAUGUCGGCGGUAGAGCUUAGUCUUUGUGUGCCUGCAGGGUUUUUUUUUUUUUAGGAGAGUUUAAUACUUUGUAAGCAGUGUUUUCUUCACAGAGGGUUUAUA